ACUACAUGGUUAUUGAGCAAAAGUUUAUUCAACUUUAUCUGACAUUUUGUGACCUUAAAUUCUUUUGUUUCUACAGUGAAAUCGUAAACAUUACUUACCAUUACAAGACGUUUAAAAUAUAAAAGAAUAGAGGUUGUAUCAUAAAAGUUUAAUAAUAAGGUAGGCAAAAGUUUCUAAAGUCAACGUACACAAUGGCGAAGGAAAUAGCUGUUGAAUAUAAUUACCUCGGUAAGACAGGAGUUCGAGUUUCAAAUCUAUGCCUUGGUACCAUGACGUUCGGAGACGGCGUAAUGCCAGUUCCAACCCAGCUCAAUGAAGAAAUGUCACACAAGUUGAUGGACAGAUAUUCUGAACUAGGAGGUAAUUUUCUGGACACCGCUGAUAUGUAUGGUAUCGGUGCGUCGGAGCGGGUGGUUGGCAGUUGGCUUAAAAAAAGCAAUCGUAGUAAAUUUAUCCUAGCAACAAAAGUGAGAUAUCAGACUGAUUUUAAAAACGUAAACAAAGUUGGUUUAAGCAGACGACAUAUUGUUGAAAGUUGCGAAGGAAGCCUGGAACGACUGCAAACAGACUACAUAGAUCUCUACCAGUCGCAUGCUUGGGAUAAUGGCACUCCGAUCGAAGAGACGCUGAGGACAUUUGACGAUCUCGUGAGAUGCGGGAAAAUACGAUAUUUUGGUGUCUGUAACGUCUGCGGAUGGCAGCUUCAAAAAAUUGCCGAUAAAAUUGAGAUGAUGGGCCUUAAUUCCUGUGCUACACUUCAGCAACAAUAUAACCUACUUGCGCGGCAAUCCGAGUUCGAAGAAUUUAUGGUGUGUGCAAACGAAGGCAUUGGAGUCUUACCCUGGAGUCCAUUAAAAGGUGGACUUUUAACCGGGAAAUUCGAGAGAAACAAAACACCAGACGCAAAAGGAAGUAGAAUUGGAUUUGUUCACCAAGACGAGUCUAAAGCCAUGCAAGCUGCGCCAGCUUGGAGUCAAUAUAACGAUGAUGAUAAUUACUGGAAGCUAAUGGACGCCAUGAAAGAAAUUGCUAAAAUUCAUGGUAAAACGGUCCCUCAAGUAUCACUCCGCUGGCUUCUACAGAAAGAUGUAGUCUGUUCAGUUAUUAUUGGAGCCACGUCUUUAAAACAACUUGAAGAUAACAUGGGGGCAAGUACAGGAUGGGAACUGACAGACGAGGAGAUGUCACGGCUUGAUAAGGCCAGUCCUAGGGUAAAUAUGUAUCCCUACGAUACAAUAUGGCGUCCUGGUGCCGUCCGGAUAAAUCCAUUCAACAGUUCUAAUACAAUAUAGAUGACGGUGUCCAGGUGCUCGCAUAAUACAAUUCUCAUUAUGUUCUGUUAUAACGAAGAAUAUCAGAAGUUUUAUGCUUUGGUACUGACAUUCCUGUAUUAGCCAACUAAUGUAGACCGUUGUGUUUAUUCUCUUUAUAU